AUGCAAUUCCUUCUUAGAUCUACUUCACAAUGCUUCAGGACGAUACUAGUCCUCGCACUAUCACUUGGAUGCGUGGUACAACAAAGUGGCGGACAACAAGUUGGAAUUGAUAUCUGUUCAUGCGCCCCGAGCACGUAUGAAUUCCAGUUCGAUUUUUCGUUAUUUUGUCCUCCAAUCAAUAUCACACAAGGCGAUGCUGUCGUCGACACCUCGUGUCUAGUAAGUCCCUUCCAGGACCAGUCAGUAGGAGACUUGGUUCCAAUUGCUGUUCAAGAAAUUACCGUGUUGGAACUUGAUCAAAACCUUGACAACCUGUACCAAGAAAUCAUCCGAGGAAGCUUCAAAGAUGGAGACACGUGGAGCUAUACCUCAGUGGCCGCACAACCAGGCAGGACCGAUCCAAAUUCGUUGCCUCGAGGUAUCCAAUUCAACAUUGUGGGAAUCAAUAUUCUCGAACAACCUAUCAUCAACACAGUCAUCAUCACUUUCAGUAACAGUUGUCAAGCCUAUCCCGUCCUGAUCCCUGGUCAAUAUGCCGGGUGGGUUCGAUUCCUGGAAUUGGAAGACCCGCUUGCCGAUUACUGUCCUUUCACUCCAGACGAACCCUCUGCUGCCCCUAGUCCAUUCACGCCGGGUCCGACCUUCCCACCUACUCCCCCGUUCAUGUCCAUGUCUAUGGAUCUUGGUAUGCUUGAUCUACUGGAGGACGAAUUCGGACUUCAACGAUCCGAUUGUACUGAAAGUAGUAGUUCUAGAUAUACCAAAAAGUCAAGAGCUGGCAAGGGAGGAAAGGGAGGAAGUAGUCCUAAGGGAAGCAAGAAGAUGGGGAAAGGAGGUGCCGGAAAGGGAGGAAGCAGUGGUGACUUGAGCAGCAUGAUGACCGAUUCUUCCUUGAAGUCAGACAGCUCGUCCAAGGGCAAGGGUGGAAAAGGUGGAAAAGGAUCUGAAUCCGGAUCUCGCCGGUUGCUACGAUCAAAGGGCUCCAAAAGAAUCGGAGAUUGCGAUGGAAAGGGAGGUAAAGGAGGAAAAGCAACCAAGAAGGAUGGUAGUUCAGGAAAGGGCGAAAGCAGUUCAGGAAAGGGCGAAAGCACUUCAGGAAAAGGUGGAAGCACUUCAGGAAAAGGUGGAAGCACUUCAGGAAAAAGCGGAAGCAGUUCAGGAAAAUCAGGAAAGAAGGAUUCAAAAGGAAGCAAGAAAGAAAGUAAGAAGAACGGUAAAGGUGGAAAGGGCGGAAAGGGCUCGAAGAGUGGAAAGAGUUACAGUGGAAGCGGUUCCUCGAAAGGUAAAGACAAACUAUCGAAGAAAGAAUCGAGCGAGAGCAGAAGGUUUAUCUUAUAA